AUGAGCGCGCACUGUUUUGAUCUUAGCUUGUUCAUUGAUCGGCUGACGAAUCUUCGCAAGUCGGAUGAUCGCGUGAUACUCGAGCUCAACGACACGCUGCCCACGAAAUCUUUUGAUGCGCAGAGCAAGAUUUGUAGGCAACACUGCGGACAGUUUGAUCGGACGAUCAAACAGCUCCAUGAGCAGAGAAAUCAGUUGAUUGAGGAAUGUUUGGCAGUAAAUGCGGCCAAAUUGGAGGAAGCUGAGAGGAACGGCGGGGAUGUGCGAUCGGCGAGACAGGCGGUUCGAUAUAUUCGAAAUGAGAAGGAUGUUGAGGAGAUAGUGGCCGAGAGGACCCGCAAAGCGGUUCAUGACCGAUGUCGGGGAGUUCUGUGA